CUCUUUUCAUCCUCAUUAAUAGCUUCAAUUUUUUCAAAAUUUCUCGGUUCUUUUCCAUGACUCUGUUCAGGUCGAUGUUUAAAAUAAACCGGGAGUUCAGUUUCUAUAGUAACUUUGCAAACAUUUUGACUUUUACAAAUAACAUGUUUUUAUGAAAUUGAAAGAAUCAACCGGGCAAUGAUGAAUCCCGGUGAAUUUUUGAGACAGUUUUGUAUUUUAAAAGCCGAACCUUCUAGUACCAACUCAUCUACACCAGCAACUUUCUCUUCGACUGAUUUAUCGUCAUCUACAUCUAUUAAUGAUUCUUCACUUUCGCAUCCAUCGUCAACAUCAAUAGCCAAUCCAACCUCUUCUAAUGAAACGAAUAUUGUCGUACCUGUGUCAAUCAAUGAUAAAUAUAUUUUUGUCAAUAAAUGGAGCGGUAAUUUUUUAGCAAUUGUUGGCAACCUUAAAUCCGAGUCACUUAUUGCCGGUGUUACCGGUGGUGUAUUAUCAACCCUAGUCCUUCAUCCUCUAGAUCUCCUCAAAAUAAGAUUUGCUGUUAAUGAUGGCCGUUCAUCCUUUCGACCACAGUAUCGAAACCUUCGCGAAGGAAUCAAAACAAUUUUCAAACAAGAAGGCAUCAGAGGUUUUUACAGAGGAACUGUUCCUAAUCUUAUGGGUGCUGGUGUAUCUUGGGGACUUUAUUUCCUUUUCUACAACUGUAUUAAAGAUUACUUGAUGAUGGAAAGAAAAGAAUUGACGCCAUGGUAUCAUUUGAUGGCAGCCGGGGAAGCUGGUGUUCUUACAGUAAUUUUAACAAAUCCAAUAUGGGUUGUUAAAACGCGAUUAUGUCUUCAAUAUAGUAGUCAAGGGCAAUUAUUAAAUUCUUUACCAAGCCAUAAAGUUUAUUCUGGUACACGCGAUGCAUUCUAUAAAAUUAUUAAACAUGAAGGAAUCAAAGGAAUGUACAAAGGAGUAGUUCCUGGUUUAUUUGGUAUUACACAUGGUUCCUUGCAAUUUAUGGUUUAUGAAGAGCUUAAAAAGAAUAUUAACAAACGACGCAAUGUUCCAAACGAGACUAAAUUGGGCAAUCACGAGUAUAUUAUGUGUGCAGCAUUAAGCAAAUUGGUUGCUGCUUCGCUAACGUUCCCAUAUCAAGUAGUAAGAGCUCGACUCCAGGAUCAACAUACUGUAUUCAAAGGAGUCGGAGAUGUGAUAGUCAGAACUUGGAGGAAUGAAGGAGCAAGAGGAUUUUACAAAGGUUUGACUCCGAGCUUAUUAAGAGUCGUCCCCCAAACUUCAAUAACAUUAUUAGCUUACGAGAACACAAUUCGUUUUUUGAAAGCACAAAAAAGUGAAGCUCAUCAACAAAAAAACUCCUUGGAUUAAUCAAUAAUGGACUCAACGCUUAUUGAUUUUCAAGUUAUGCCAAAAUUGUUCAACCUUCGUCCCACACAUUUCAUAACUGCUCAAAAUUGAAUCAACAAUGCGUUUAAAUAUUAUGCAAUUCACUUAAUAACCAAAGAAAAAUUUGGAAACAAACUCAAUUGCAUUGAUUUUGGCAGCAAUAGUUAAAUUUUAUUAUUUGUAAACCAUUUAUAGCUUUGUUAAUCUAUUAAAUUUUCUUAGACUUCUGCUUCACUGUUGCAAGUUUUUA